CGCCUCUAAACCAUUCUAAAGCCUUCCCCGGUCUCGUACUGUAUCAGUUGCUCGCUUGUUUCGGCGGGACUCUCGAAGUGGGGGUACGCGGAAUAAAACCGCUAUGCCUCGCUCCAGACACCACAUUUCACAAACCGAAGUAGACGGGUAAAAAAAAAACAAAAAAAAAAUGAAGGCGUUCCUUCUCAUACUUGUGAGUGUGGCGGUGGUGAGUGCGAAGCCCACAGGAGAGGAUGACGUCAUCGGCUCCGUCAUUGGAGUCGUCAAGAGCUGUGCUGAGGAAGACGUCGCGUUGUGUCUGAAGGAACGCGCCUUGAAAUACGUCGAAAACCUCGCUACCGCCCGGGAAGUCAAUAUUGCUGAUGGCAUCAGCCUCCUUGGCUCCGGCUCCCCCCGCUCAGCCCGCUCCUUCGAACCUCUGCCUGAAGACCCAGCUGCCCGGGAAAACCAAGUGGAGUCCAGACUGCUUGACGCCACAGCCGACUUCUUGGAGAACCAUGUGAUUCAGCUGCGGAUGCCUAAGAGCACCGUCGAAGAUGUCAAGAGGUCGCUUGAGGAAGGUCGUGGCAAGAAGAAGAAGCUGAAGCAGUUGCUGCCCAUCCUCGGCCUCCUGCAGCUCAAGAUCCAGUCCCUCAUCCCUCUGUUCCUCGGCAUCAUCGCUUUCGCCGCCGUUAAGGGUCUGAUGCUCGCCAAGGCCGCUCUCCUCGCCUCCGCCCUGGUCCUCCUCAAGAAGCUGCUGUCUAAGCAUGAGAGUCAUGAGAGCUACGAGGUUGUGGCUCAUCCUCACCAUGAAGAGCACUUCAGCCACGGCGGUGGUGGCCACGGAGGCUGGGGACGGUCGGCUGACGCCCAGAACAUGGCCUACAACGCCUACGCCAACUGAUACCUAAGAUAGUUUAAGAAAGUUGAUCCACCGAUCAACUAGUCUAUUUAUCUUGGUUAGUCUAGUUCGGACCUCAGAUCGAGAUUUAAUUUAUUGUCAUUAUUUAUUUAACUUAUUGAAAUCAAAUGUUAAUUUAAUUGUGUGAAUGAGUGAAUCUUGUCUUCUUUUUGUACAUUCAUGUCUUUUCAUCUUGUUGUCUUCUACUGCAAAGUACCUGCUAUUUUUAUUGUAUGUUUAUGUUUCUUAGUACAAAUCAUUAUAGCUUUAAUUUUAUCACCACCUUUAUAAUUAUGUACAUAUAUUUAUAUUUAAGUACUUAUACUAAUGUGUUCAUCAUAACUAGUCGUAUUAUUAUUAUGUAUCUCUAUAAUUUCUCUUU